AUGUCAGAGACGCGCCCCGAGAUUGGCGACUAUUAUGUUGUCAAGUCAAUAGGCUCGGGGUCGUAUGGAAAGGUUAAACUAGCUGAACAUAAAGAAACUGGACAAAAAGUCGCAAUAAAAAUCGUGAAAAAAUCUUUAUUUAUGUCUGCGCCUGAGAUGCAAGAAAAAAUACAACGCGAAAUAUCAAUAAUGAGGCUUCUUGAUCAUCCUCAUCUAUUAAAACUCGUUGAUGUUUAUGAAUCAGUACGUCACUUAUAUAUCAUUCUUGAAUAUGCAGCUCACGGUGAACUUUUCGACUUUCUUGUUGAGAGAGGAUCAUUUUCAGUCGAGAUGGCAACAUAUUUAUUUAGACAAUUAAUUUAUGGUUUAGAAUUUCUUCAUAUUCACCAAAUCUGCCACAGAGACAUCAAACCCGAGAAUAUCCUGUUAGAUGCACAUGAUAACGUCAAAAUUGCUGAUUUUGGGUUCGCGCGUUGGAUGCCAGAGAAUACAGCGUAUACAGCAUGCGGAUCACCACAUUAUACAGCUCCUGAAGUGAUCAUUGGCCUCCCUUAUGACGGAAGAGCCGCUGAUAUAUGGAGUUGCGGCGUUGUUUUCUAUACAUUGAUGUGCGGAAGACUUCCUUUCGAUGAACCAACCGUCCGUAAGUUGCUUGCAAGAGUACGAUCAGGAAAAUACCAAAUGCCGGAUUUCCCUAUGGACAUCAAAGACUUAAUUACGAAAAUGCUCACGGUUGAUCCAUCGAAACGCAUUACUCUACCUGAAAUUAAGAAUCAUCCGGCAUUUAGAAUAGGUUUAUCCCCUCUAUAUCGAUGUCCUUCGCCUCAACCAAUUCCUCAACAAUUGCCACCACUGGAUAUCGCUAAAAUACCUCCAGAAUCAAUGCUUGUGUUACACCAACUCGGAUUUACUGAUGAGGAACUCGAACGCGACUUAACUUGCGAAGAUCAUACUGUUGCCAAAGAAUUUUGUUAUAUGCUCGACAGAUUGGUAUCAUUUGAUUCAAUACAAUGGCCAGAAAAGGUCGAAUACGUGCCAGAUUCUAUGCCAUUAAUGAUGCCGGCAGAAAGAACAAUAUCAGCUUCAUCUUCUACGGAUUCGUUAACAGAAAAACCACCAACAUUACCAUCCUUAUCAUCAUGUUACAGCGCUAUCGAGCAUUCUAUGCUUUCUCUCGACAUUCCAACGAUGCCAUCGAUUAUCAAGCACUCGGUCGAAACUCAGGCACCUCAAGAAACAGUAGCGAACGCAAUACAGCAGUUCCUUGACCAGGAAAGAUACGCGUUCAUCUUCCCUGAUGAUUUGACAUUUUUCGUACGCGGCAACAGCCUUGACUUCGUCAUACGGCUUAGAAUUGUCGACGUAGGAAUACUUAGCGUUGAAGUUGUACUUGUUGCAGGAAAUAUUGAUUUAUUUGAUCAAUUUUUCGAAAAACUGAGCGGUGUUAUUGAAUCAAUUAUUAUUUAA